AUGAUCUGCGACUGGGAACUCACCAAACAAAUAACCAUCAACAACUUCGACUACUUCGUCAAUCAUGACGGCUUCAUCAUGCCAAAGCACGAGCCCAUCUUCGGAAACAAUCUCUUCUUCCUCGAGGACAACAAGUGGCGCGAGGUAAGGAACCUGUUGACCCCCGCCUUCACAUCCAGCAAGUUGAAAGGAAUGUUCAAGCUCAUGUCUGAAUGUGCGGCUAAUUUCGCGGAUUAUCUCGCCAAUCAAUCCCACCAAAAACCCCUUCAAAUAGAUUCUAAAGACGUGUUCACUCGUUACGCAAAUGACGUCAUCGGUACGUGUGCUUUUGGAGUGAAAAUCGACUCGCUGAAAAAUCCAAACAAUGAGUUUUACAUUCUUGGACGAAAGUCGACGAAUUUCGGAGGAUUAAACCUUACGAAAAUGUUUAUUGCAAAAAAACUCCCAAGACUUGCGGCAUUAUUCAACAUUAAAGUAGUGGGUGAUGACGUUGAGAAAUUCUUCACUGAAUUGGUGAGGGAUACUAUCGCAAUGAGGGAUGAGAAAGGUAUUAGUCGACCGGAUAUGAUUCAACUGAUGAUGGAGGCACGAAAUAACGAAGGCAAUGAAGAUGUCGUACUGACGAUUCCGGAGAUGACGGCACAAGCGUUCGUCUUCUUCUCCGGGGGAUUCGAGUCGACGUCAACAUUGAUUUGUUUUGUGAUGCAGAUGAUGGCGGAGAAUCCCGAGAUUCAGGGGAGACUCCAGAGAGAGGUGGAUGAGGUGUUUGAUAAGGAAGGAGACAAUCCGUCGUACGAAACCGUCAAUAAUAUGGUUUAUCUCGAUGCCGUUGUCAAUGAAACACUGCGGCUGUAUCCCAUCAACACAAUGAUGGAUAGGGUCUGCGCUAAAGAAUACGAGCUACCACCACCGCUCCCUGGGAGAAAGCCGGUCAUGUUGAAGCCAGGGUCCGUGGUGUGGAUUCCAUUUUACGCGCUUUUGAGAGAUCCGUAUCAAUAUCCUGAUCCUAAUGUCUUCAAUCCCGAAAGAUUCAUCAGUGAUGGGCAGACAUCAGCCCACGCAAUCGCCUCCUUAGCGUUUGGCUUCGGACCCAGAAUGUGCAUUGGGCACAGAUUUGCGAUUCUGGAGACUAAACUACUGUUGGUUCAUGUUUUGAGAAAGUGUUCAGUGAAGCCUGGGAAGAGAAUGAUUACGCCAGUAAAGUUGGAUAUCUAUACGUUUGCGAUAAAUGCGAGGGGCGGGUUCUGGUUGGAGGUUCAACCGAGACGAAAAUAA